UAGGGUGUGUGUGUGUGUGUGCGGAAACUGACAGGUAGAGAGCUGCCGUCUCUCGGUGAGUUGCAGGCAAUGCAGCGAACAGAUUUAGUAAAUAAUUCCCAUAUGAGGCUCAUACAAACAGCCAGAUUAGCCAUGUUCACAUAACUUGGCUCUAGACUUGAGUUGAGUGGUGAACGUGGGCGAAGAGACCGCAGGAACAAACGGGAAAUUCAACUGUCAGCUGGCCGGGAAAGCCGAUCACACCACCCGGCUUCCGGGGAUUCAGGGGCCGCAUCGGUUGACGGCAGACGUCGGUCGGUAACUCGGGGGAAAAAGGGCGAACCACAUCAUCGCCGACAUCCACCUCUCGAUUUCAGCGACUUUCGAGAUGUCGAGAAAGCUACAAAGGACAGAAGUCUGCGCCGACUGCAGUGCGCCAGACCCGGGGUGGACCAGCAUCAACCGAGGGGUCCUGAUCUGUGAUGAAUGCUGUUCAGUCCACCGCAGCUUAGGCCGCCAUAUCUCCAUAGUCAAACACCUGAGGCACAGCGGAUGGCCUCCCGCACUACUGCAGAUGGUUCAGACCUUGGCCAGUAACGGGGCCAACUCCAUAUGGGAACACAGUCUCCUGGACCCUGCUCAGGUACAGAGCGGUCGUAGGAAACCCAACCCCCAGGACAAAGUCCAUCCCACUAAGUCAGAGUUCAUCAGAGCCAAAUAUCAGAUGCUGGCCUUUGUGCACAAGUUGCCCUGCCGAGAUGAUGAUGGCGUCACUACCAAGGACCUCAGUAAGCAACUUCACUCUAGUGUGCGGACGGGGAGUUUAGAGACGUGUCUUCGCCUCCUGUCCCUCGGCGCCCAAGCCAACUUCUUCCACCCGGAGAAAGGCACUACACCACUUCACGUGGCAGCCAAGGCAGGCCAGAUCCUGCAGGCUGAGCUGUUGGUGGUAUACGGUGCAGAUCCCGGGGCACCUGACAUCAACGGACGCACACCUAUGGACUAUGCAAGGCAGGCGGGUCAUAUAGAGCUAGCAGAGCGGCUGGUAGAGUGUCAGUAUGAACUGACAGACAGACUUGCCUUCUACCUCUGUGGACGGCGCCCAGAUCACAAGAAUGGCCAUUAUAUCAUUCCUCAAAUGGCAGACAGAGCUCGUCCUAAGUGCCCGACACAGAGCCUGGACCUCUCAGAAUUGGCCAAGGCUGCCAAGAAGAAGCUCCAAGCGCUCAACAAUCGGCUGUUUGAGGAGCUAGCGAUGGACGUCUAUGACGAGGUAGAUCGCAGAGAAAACGAUGCAGUGUGGCUUACGACCCAGAACCACAGCACUCUGGUAACAGAACGCAGCGCAGUGCCCUUCCUACCGGUCAACCCUGAAUACUCUGCCACACGCAACCAGGGCCGCCAGAAGCUAGCCCGUUUUAACGCUCGGGAGUUUGCCACACUCAUCAUCGACAUCCUGAGUGACGCCAAAAGGAGACAGCAGGGGAAAGGUCUCAGCAGCCCAACUGAUCCAUUGGAUCUGGGCAUUGAUGAUGACCAGCAUGACUAUGACAGUGUAGCCUCUGAUGAAGACACAGACAGCGAGCUGACCACCCAGAACAACAACAACACACAACGCAGCAACCGUGCAAAGAGUAUGGACUCGUCAGACUUGUCAGACGGUCCCAUCACACUGCAAGAGUACCUGGAGGUGAAGAAGGCCCUGGCCUCCUCAGAAGCCAAGGUGCAGCAGCUGAUGAAAGUCAACAACAACCUGAGCGAGGAGCUCCGGCGGCUCCAGAAGGAGAUCACGCGGAUGCAGACAGAGAACAGUGCGCUGCGGGGGGGCCAGCAGGCUGGGGGGCCAGCUGGCCAUGGGGUAGGGGGGCCUGGCGGAGGAGGAGGAGGAGGAGGGGGAGGAGGCCACUGGCAAGGGGGUGGGAUGAGAGGAGGAAUAGGCGUAGGGGGUCUGGGUGGGUUCGGGCCAGGAGCUGACCCCCCGGGGCUCUCGGUGCCCUCCUCUGUCGCCCCCCACUCCCAUCCCCACCGGAGGGACCGCCAGGCCUUCUCAAUGUACGAGCCAGGGGCGGCUCCCGGCCCCACGGCCCAUGGCCCCCCAGCCUUGGACUCCCUGGCAGCCCGCCUGCAGCCCCUCAACACAGCCAGCGUAAGGAAGGGUGGUACAGGGGGUCCGACGCCAUAUGGAAGCCAGCAUCUGUCUGGAUCUACAGAGAUGGGCAGAUAUAUGGUCUCGAAACCAGAGAAGCACGGCAGUGGCACUGACAGCGACUAUGACAACACACAAACAUACGACCUCUCGCUAAGUAUGGGCCGCAGCAGUGAGGAGGAAGGCCGUGGCGAUUCUGAGGAGGGAGGCGGUGGGGAGUCAGGGGAGCCGGACCCCACCCUGCCCUGCACAGAGGAUGUCAUACUGAAAACUGAGCAGGUGACCAAGAACAUCCAGGAGCUGCUCAGGGCCGCUCAGGAGUUCAAACACGACAGUUUUGUUCCAUGUUCCGAGAAGAUCCACUCCGCUGUCACUGAGAUGGCCUCACUCUUUCCCAAACGGCCAGCGUUGGAUGCGGUCCACUGCUCCCUCCGCCUGUUGGCUUCCAGUGCCUCGCGGUUGCAGGUGGAGUGCCGCAAGGCGGCGCCCUCGGAUCCUGGGGCCCCUGCAGUGGACUACCAACUCCUCACUCAGCAGGUCAUCCAGUGCGCCUACGACAUCGCCAAGGCUGCCAAGCAGCUGGUCACCAUCACCACUCGUGAGAAGAAACAGUGACCUAACAAAUGCAUGGAUGGAUGGAGAGGGAAGAGGGAGAGGGAACAGAUCAAUGCAUGGGUGGGCUAAGAGGGAUGGGAGGGGCUUCCAGGAGAGGAAGAAAGAGGGGGGAAAUAUGAUCACACUAUAGAUGGGAGGAUGAGGGAGGGGGAGUGAUCGAGAGAAUGAUGGGUGCGAUGAGGAAAGGAAAAGUUUGGAAUAUGCAUGGAAAAGGAAUCAGAUGGAAGCAAAGAGAAUUGAUUGUUGUUGACCGAAAAAAGGAGAAAUUCCACAAGUGUGGAAGUAAAAGUAGGGAAGGACGAGGGGACGGAUCCAACAUGGAAACUACAGCCUGCUGCAACCUAAAUAAACUGUUGGGAUCAGAUGUGUACAAUAAACCGCUUAAACUGUGAUAAGCGUACGUGAAAUACAAUGGUGGCGAUGUACAGUGAACUGGAUCCUGAUGUUACCGCUUUAUUUAUUCUCACCUGUCACUCGUCGUCCCUCCCUCUCCCCGUUUACCUGACCCAGGGAGGGAGGAAGUGUAUGCUGCGAGAGAGGGAAGCAGAUCAGACCAACCGUGACGUACUCCUCACCAUCUCCGUCCCGCCGUCCUGGGAGGAGUCAGGACGUUUCCCCUCUCUGUUCCUCUCUCUCUUUCUCUCUCCAACCAGGCCCUCCCUGUUUCCUAUCCCGUCUCAGACAGGAUGAGCUCCCGGUGCAAAGAAGGACCCCUCUUGGGGGGGACCCAUCUAGCUCCACCCCACUCCACACCCCACCCAGGCUCUCAGAUGCUUCCUCCUGGGUUAGCUUUUGCAGGGGGCUGCAGCUUUUCUCCAACCCAUCACCCCCCCCUGUUGUUGGUGGUACACAGCAUGAUCUGGCAUGUUUUCAUUUCUUUACUUUCUCUUCUUUUUGUUUUUUUCUUCUUUUUGAAUAUGCAGAUUGUUGUGGUCUGCACCUCUGAGGACAGAAAUUACUGACAAAACAAACACUUACACUGGAAUAAUUGUGAUUUAUUGUUGUUUAUCAUGCCUAUUGUUUUUUUUUUUGUAUUGAUAUUUUUACGGACUGUCAUCUUGAUUUAACUGUUUAUGUAUGUUUAUUUUAUUGUCUCAAAUAUGAUUCUCAUUUAAUGGAAUAGGGAGACAGGUGAUGAGUAUGUGCUCAACCUCUUACUGGGAUUUAAGUACAUGUGCACACACACACACACACACAUAAAGAAGUAACCUGUGAAAUGGUCCUCAGCAUUUCUCAAGCACUCUUUGUCUGGGUGACACUUGAGUUGUUUUGUUGUUUUCAUGUUAUAUUAUGUCCUGUGGCCAAGGGGCUGAACAGUUGCCAAAGGGGAGAGGGUUGUAGGGGGAGGUUUGUUUUUGGUUUUGAUUUUCCGUCAGACCGAAAGCCCCUUGGUACAAUAUGACAGGACCUGGAUCAAAAUGCUCUUUUAAUGCAUCCUCAGCUGUCUGUUUGGGUCUGAUUUAUCUUACCAAUUGCCUCAUCUAACAGAGCCAGUGGAAUCAUCUCAGAAUCAAUCCCACAUUCAUUUUUUUUGCUGUGCCAAGCAGGAUAAUAACAUUUGGUGUAGGUCGUGUACGAGGAUGUUACCCGCCCCCUCCCAGUCUCGCUUUAAAGCAGUAUGGUAUUUACAUGGCGGGUGCAGUCCCUGGGUGCUUGUGUUACGCAGCAGCCCUUAUUUACAUGCAUGUAAACAAAUGGUUCAGUCACAUUAAGUUGAUACACAUACUGGUAUGUUGCAGUUAAGCUUUAAGUAGUCCUGUGGAAAGCAGACACACCCAGCAACCUGGAAAGUAAAUACGGUGAGAGAUACUCAUCACAUCAUUUCAUCUGAAAUGGAUUUAGCCACCUCACGUGGGCUUGAUGUAGCUCGCAAUGUAGUAUCUUCACUUGUCCGACUGUCUGGCAAGCACAGCGAGGCCCAGGUUCUGUUUAAUCGAUUGAUUCUCUGUCACGGCCUGCUGAUCUGGGCCACGGAAGUUGUGACUUCUAGCUCACUGUCUCUGAACUCUGCCAAUGGGGAGACAGCAUUGGGAACAAAGAUGUUUUUUUCUUCGUUUGUUUGUUUUUUCAAAAAGAUAGCGCACUUAGCCUACUGUAGGUUUAAAGCUUGUUGUACUGUGCCGAACAAAAUAUGGUCGUAUCUGUAACAAAGGAUGCAGACGGGACCUACUAAGUCUUUCCUAGCUGCCACGAGGACCGUCCUCUUCUAGUUUAGAUUCACCUCUAAACCCUUCUCCAAUGACCGGCUGGUUUCUCAAAGUGUUUGCGGCUUUAAUAGUUGGUUGUUCUUGCAUCGGUCUAUUCUAUAUUCACACGCAGUAGGCCUCUGCACAUUAAAUUUACUCGCCUGAAACAGACCUCAUCCUUCACACAGCGGUUACAUCUCAAUCUCUUCCUUGUAUGGCUGCCUUUUCGCAAGAAGCAAUUAGACCUUAAUUAGCCCCAAACACUUUGAGAGAUUGACGCUAGACCUCCUUCAGCACUUCUCUGUCCACUUUAUUCAUGUUUUAUCUUUCACUUUUGCCCCCCUAUCAUCGCUUGGGGUCUCUGACUGUCAGCGUUUGUCAGUCUCUCACAAGAUUGCACGCGUCUCUGCAGGGGAGGUGGGAUUGUUUGCUCUGUUGCCUGUCAAAACAAAUCGUGUCCCGAAGACUCAUGAAAUGUAUCAAUGUUUGCUAUCGAAUGCCUUUGGACAUCAUCAUCUCCUCUUUGAUUGGCUGAGUUGCAGUGAUGUACCGACUGCUGGAACGACAGCAACCACACACACUGACACGCACGCACGCACACACGGGGGGGGGGGCAGCAGAGUAAAGCUUGUCCCUUCAAUCAUGAUUGCCCAAGUUUUAGAUUAGAGCCAUAUCUAUGAACGUAUAUUUUCAUGCUAUAUUUUAUAUUAAGCUAUAUGUUAGGGUUAUGUCUGCGAGAUAUUUAUGUCCAUUUGUUGGUCCAAGUGGGCUUCAGGCCACAGAAUCUAUUCACCAAAUCUUCUUUCAGCUCUUUAGUCUUGACACCAAUGUACUUGUAGAUAUUUUGAGUCUCGUGAGUAUGGUUAUGCUGUGGUAUUACCCCCUGAUGUAGUUAGAUUGUACAUAUUAUCGAUCCCACUGGAAUCCACAGGAAGCGAAGCGCGAGAACAACGAGUUUGAUGUAGGCGAUUACUCAACAGUGUGGUCUAAGUUGCACUAUUUUCAAACACCAGCUGGGUGGAGUAGGAUCUACAUUAUGUACUGCACUCUCCCAAAGGUCUUAGUUCAAGUACAUUAGGUGCAGGAUGCGGGGUUUGAAUUCGGGAUGGGGGGGGGGAGGGAUAGGAAAGGUCUGAAGCGCACUUCGGCUUAGCACUACAGUCAUCUCAAAAAGGGCGGGAGGAGGGUCUUAAAAUGCACAUGGCCCAGUCCUUCCCCGAGUUAGUAGACACUGCGUAGGAUGCCUCUAGUAUGAAUGUUAAAUGCUUCCAUCGGUUCAUGUCCAACACACUUUCUACACCUUCAUCAUUCAGCACAUACUUUCCAACUUCACACAACAACACACACCCUCAACUUAUCAGUCGGACCAAGCCUUGUACAAGUACAAACAUUAAAUUUGCAGCGAGUGAAUUAUACACACACACUUCUGAUAGUCAGCCAUUGGCAGUGCACUGUGGCCUGUACUGUUGCUGUCCCUGUGUUUCUUCACAGCUCUACACUUUGGGAGAUGGGUGACGGGAGAGUUAUCUUUUAACAGAAGACGUUAAAAACUGUAUAAAGUAGAGAAAACAAUGACUUAAAAAGGUCAAUCGUAAUGGAAACUCAUAAGCUGUACAUUUGUAAUAAAAUAGUAAAACAA